AUGGGUGCUGGUGCCAGUGUCGAGGAGAAUCGCAAGGUUCUGAAACUUUCCAUCUACAGCGCUGCGGCAGCGCUCCAAGGUGGCUGUGCACCGGAGGAAACCGGGGAUGCGUGGGAAGGUGCAUCCUUCGAGGACUGGCUUACGCUUUGGCAGAGGCUGGCCCUGUUCAAAACCCCUGUGGCGGCCACCUUGGUCACUGCUGUUGAACCUGACCCAUUGCCUGGCGGAGCUGAUCUUGCUGCACUGGAGCCCGAGACUGUCGUAGCUCAGGCUGAGGAUUGGUGGCUGGUGGAGACUCCAGAGGUCUUACCUGCUGUGGUUGCUGCUUUGGGACCUCGAUUGCGCACUGGGAACGCCGACAGCGUUCAUCGUAUCACCUGUGCCUACACUCGUGGUCGACAAGCCGCUGCAAUUCGGCGAGGAGAAGUGGGUGUUUUUUCCGGACCACGCUCAGAACUUCGAGUGAGGUACUACGUGGUGCUGGCAAACGGUCGUGGUGUGGAGCCUUACUACACUCGCGACUACCGCACCUAUCUGGAGGACGUCAAGUUCCAAGGGGUUUUUGACGUGCAGGCCAUAUCGCACGGCUUUGCAUCUGAGGCGGAAGUCACAGCCUUUAUUCUGGGUGCAGGCUUUCGGAUUGUGGUGGCUCGAGUGGUGGAGUCAGGUGCGAUCGUUUGCAUACCUCGACUUGGACUGGAUAUCUCGCACUUCACCCAUGCCGAGGAGGACGGUUACCCGGGUAUCCUUGGGCCUUAUAUGGAGGGCACUGUCGACCCAGUCAGCACUCGGGCAGUGCGGCGAAAGCUGGAUGUUAUCCUGUUCGACCUCGACGCUUCCGGGUUCGACUGCAUAGUGACAGAACUCCCGGGAGAUGUGCUCAUCGAACAGGUCACCACGUUUGGCAGCUAUCGCGGCUCCCCAGACUGGCCUUCGCCCGCAUCUCUGCUGGCUUUGGUGGAUAUCUUCCUUCAAGCAGGCCAAGACGAACGCUUGGAGGUUUAUCAGUCCUGUGCAGAAGCGGCCAAUGGCGAAGAUCAACCUGGAGGCGAAGCUCGACGAGAAACGGCUCCUGCCGAUCAGCUGCUUCAGCAGUUGCUGACCCAAGCCGAAGUCACGCAGCGUGCUGUGCAAGGCCUCCAAGGACAAGUAGCUCAAGUUGGCGGAAUGGGCAAGCGACUGGAUCGUCUCGAAGCCGGUGCCCCUGCUGCUCCAGAUGCCCCACCUCGCCAGCCUCAGCUGUUCAACCGCUCCCCAGGGCCGCUUCCAGCAGCUACUCAGCAACGACUACGCGAACUGGCGAGCGCUGGCCCGGGGCGUCUGGGCGACCUCCGUGGAGUGGCCCGUCCAAGCGCAGCAGCCGAUGGUGGCGUCCCCCUUGGUGGCAUGGUCGAGGUUGCCGAGGAGGAAGAAGACCUCGAGAUAGCAGAGGCGGAAGCCAAUCCUGCAACCUCAACAUUGGAGAAGCUACUGGCCUCCCAGACCAAGCUGUUAAGUCAGCUGGUUGCUGCAAAGACCGCCCAGGCCGAUCCGCUCAGGAUCUUGGGUGCUGCAUCCGAGGACCCAGAAGACGCUCCCCGAGGGUCCGGCGUGAAGGGCAUCUCUGCAAGACAGGUGCUGGCAGAUCACUUCAAGAGGCAUCCGGGAAAGGUUCACCAACUCUUCAAGGACAGACUGGCUCUUGCACGUCGCAAAACCAGUUCCUCGGAGGUGGAGCCCCGAGACCUUUGGAUGCACUUCCAGGAGACGGUUCCAUUUGGGAACUUGAAGACGCUGACGUAUGUGGGCUUCAUAGCGGCCGCGAUGUUCGAAGCUGCAGAGAGAGGCGACGGUCAACGCGUUCAGAUGUUGAUUGCACUUCUUGCAGUGUUCGUGGAGCAGGCAGCCUGCGAUGGAGGUCAGCUGAGAUUGGCACACUUGCUAACAAACCUGGAGGACCCGCCCUUCGCCCAGACGGAGUUGCACAAGUCCAUCAAGACGGAGUUCACCCACGGUCAGCUGGCCGACCCAAGAUGGAUCGCUACGCAACUGGCCUACUUGAAGGACUUGGAGCAAAUGUCCGACAAGACCACCAAGCUAGUGCGCCCAAAGUCCAGCCCCGAGAACGUCCCGGAGGACGACAAGAAGCCGGCACCAAAGUGGAGCUUUGCCAGCUCCACCUUGCCUGACCGUGCUUCGAAGGGAGCCAGCAGACUGCUACCUUCAUUUGUCACUUCAAGGCCGAGUAGCGGUUUAGAUCGUGCUUUUGGCAAAUUCAGUUCACUUAGUGAAGCUUUGGAUGAGCUAGGCACAGCAACACAGUCCUUGCGACAUGAGCUGGACGCAUAUUGUCGUGGCAAGGGACCUUCAACUUUUGGUGCAGCUGCAGAUUUUGACGGAGAGGCGGCUAAGCAAGACCCUGCUUCUCCAUCCUGCAGUUCAACUCCAGUUCAGCCAAGCCGGACCGUUUCUGGCUCUCAAUCCAAGGGAUCUACUGCGAUGCCAGUGGAUCCAGACAGAAUCCAGUUCAAGCAUGCACCCACGUUUUCCCCAGAGCAGUUUAUCAACGACCCGUUGUUAAAGGCUGGCUUUUUGGACCCAAAGCUUAUUCGCACUCCUGAAAGUACCUGGCCCAAGGUUAGACCUGCCAGAGUUAUGUGUUCCCGGGAUGAUUUGCUUAAGUUGUUCAAGAAGCGGGAUGACGUGCAUUGCUUCAAACUUUUGGAGGCUUCGCAAUCCGAAUACAAAUAUCGUUGUGGUUUGUUUGCUGUUUACAAAAGUACAGAGAAAGACAGGCAGAUUUUCAAUCCUAUUCCUGAGAAUGGUCGAACGCUUAGCCUUAAUUCAUCAACCAUCACCUUAGCCCAUGGCAGCUUGCUGUGCAACCUAUUCCUGGAUCAGCAUGAGGACCUGGUCAUGGGAGCUGACGAUUUGGAAGAUUUUUACCAUUGUUUUCAAGUUCCUCCUGAGCAUGCGGAUCGGAAUCAUGUGCAUGGUGUUUUUCCCGCCGAAACGUUCAGCUCUUUUAAUGCCUGGGACCCUAAGUUUGCUGGUAAAAUGGUGGUAGGCUGUUUUUCAACCUUGGCGAUGGGCACUUCCUAUGCCGUGGAGCUGGCGCAGCAUUCCCAUACAAACCUCUUGCAGCGUGCCGGAGUGUUACGAGAGGAUAUGCAAGUGUGUUACAGAAAACCUUUGCCCAGGUCCCCUGUUUUGGUGAUGUUGUGUAUUGAUGAUUUGGCAGUGCUGCAGAAGGUACCUCGGGGUUUGUGCGGUAAUUCGGAAGCAGUGCAACGCGAAGACCGUCGCUUGCUUUCCCUGGCGGGGCAGGCCUAUCGUGAUGCUGGCCUCCGCGUCUCCGAGAAGAAAUCUAUUCGAGACAGUUUCCAAACCACAAUUUUGGGGGCAGAGAUUGAUGGGAGACGGGGCUUGGUCAGUGCUCCUCGCCUCCGUAUUCUCAUGCUGGCGAAGCUGACUUUGCAACUGGUCCAGUUGGGAUGGACUUCAAAGCACCUUUUGGAAACCAUCAUCGGUUGCUGGAUCUUUGUAUUAAUGUUUCGUCGCCCCCUGUUGUCUUUGUUGAACGAUGUAUUUCAUGAAGGUGCUCAUUGUUACAAUCGUUUUGACUAUUUUCAGAUGACAACUGGUGCAAAACAAGAGCUGUUGAUGUUGGCUAUUUGGUCUCCAUUUGCUUUCACUAAUCUACGUGCUCAGCCACUGGACCAGUUGUUCUGCUCGGAUGCCUCGUUGCACGGCGGUGGAGUUUGCUCGACUCCUAUUUCGAGGGCUGCCACUCUAGAGCUUUGCAGAGUAUUCAGGGGCUCUGGUCAUCUCAGUGCAGCCCAUGCUGCAGCCGGAUUCCGGGUACACCCCGGCUUCGACAUCAAGGACGGAGCAGUCGGAGAUGUGCUGCGGCCCUCAACCUUUUUAGCCAUCAUUGGCCUGCUGGUUCGGCGUGUGGUCAGUAGCCGAUCAAUUGGUGUGGCCUCUAUCUGGCUGGAGUCGUUUGCUGCGCCUUUCGGUGCUCAGAGCUUGCAAUCCUUGAAGUGCAUGCCCCGCAGUCGACAGGCCACAGCUGCAAGCCGCUCAGCUUUUUCUUUAGAGGUCACCGCCAGCAGGCACCCUGCCACAAACAAGCGUAGGGACGUUUGUUUUGAUUCGUUUUGCAAAUGGAUCAAGGAUGAAUUAGAUGUUUUGGUUUUUGCGGAGAAUUUCCCUCCAGAACUUAUGAGCACCGCUCUGAUCGCCUAUGGUAAACAUCUCUUUUACUCUGGGGCUCCCAAGUAUGUGUUUGCUGAAACCAUAAACACUGUGGUUGACCGUUUCCAGAGCUAUCGCCCUUUCAUCACGGCGGCCUGGUCCACCUUGAAGAAGUGGGAAGAGGCCGAGCCUUCUGAGCGGGCAAUGGUGAUGCCUGCCAGCGUGUUUCAGGCUGGCGUUGCGCUGGCUUUGCUCUGGCAAUGGCCCUUUUUCGCUGCAGCUAUGCUUCUCGGUUUCCAUGGCCUUUUACGGCCGAAUGAGAUUUUACCAUUGCGGAGAUCGGACUUGGUACUGCCUCGAGAUGUGCUGUCUGCAGAGCUGAUUUGCUAUGUCAAGCUGGUGAAGACCAAAACUAGCAGAUUUAUGCUUCGCCAACAUGCUCGCAUUAGCGACCAAGUGACCGUCCUCUUUUUGGAUAGCCUUUUUGGAUGCAUGCCCAACACUCAACUUCUGUUUGGCUGCAGUUUUUCGAUGUUUCGCACCCGAUGGAACUUGUUGUUCAAAACCUUGGGCAUACCUACGACAGAGAAACAGCGCGGAAUCACGCCUAAGUCUCUGCGUGGUUCAGGUGCAUCCUGGAUGUUUCAUUACACGGAGGACGUCAACCGCGUCUUGUGGCGUGGCCGUUGGCAGUCAAGGCGCACUUUGGAGCAUUACCUUCAAGAUGUCAUGGGUCAGGUGUUAUUGGCUGACUUGCCCCAGGAUCAGAGAAAUGUGGUCCUGGAGCUGAGUGAUGAAGAGGAGCUUGAAGGGGAAGAUUAUGAAGGUUGUUUCCCCGACGCAAGUUUCACUCGCUUCAUGCGCGGAAAGCUUCCAAAGGAAGAGGUGCAAGAAGCAGUGCGAAAAUGGGUUCAAGAGCAGAUUGCUGAGUCUGAGGAGGAUCAGAAUGAUCAGAAGAGGAGCAUUUGGAGGGAUGCUUUGCGUGCCUGCCAGGGUCGAAGUCCCAGGUCCAAGACGUCCUAUUUGAAAGCUAUUGAUUUAUUGGUCGAGACUAUCGGCAAAGACGAUCCAGAAAUCAUCCUGAUCAGCGGGCUGCAGGUGAGCGGAAUUCCCGACUUUGCCUAUGCUCUGCUGGAAUCUUUGCCGGAGGUUCAGACCUUCAGCAACGGCAGCUACCUUGAAGUGCUGAUGGAAUUCUAUCCGCCCUACGUUGAAUCUUACCAGCAAUCCUGGGCCAUGGAGUUUUGGCACAAGGAGGUGCUUCCCCGAGCCAAAGAAGCGAUUGUCGAGCGGCUCAAGGAGAAGAACGAUGAGGGUCGUUGUAAAGUACUCUUUGAUAGCUUCGACGGCACCAUGCUGCACAGCAUGGGCGAAUGGCUGCGGUUGGGUGCAGAUCCCGUCGGCUUCUUGGAGCCUGAGGAGGUGGAGGAAUUCCUGAAGUUGCACCGCCAGGUGGAAGACUACUGGCCCCGUUGGCCCGCGCAUCUGGAUUUAGUGAAGGCGAUUGCCACGCGCGACAAGGUGGCACUCAGCAGUGCCUUAGACAAGGCCAAUCUGAACGAAGACGCCAUUGAUGGGGACUCCAAGACGGCGAGUCUACUGGUCCUAUCCAUGUGGAAAUGCUGGCAGCGGAGGUGGUCCGAGAUCUUGCUGGAGAGACAACACAUCGUUAUGGAUGGGAAGACAGUUUGGCUCCCCUACGAUGACCUCGAAAUCUUCAAGAUGAUUUUGGCGCGACCCGACAUUGAUCCCAAUGUCGGCGCUUACAGCUACGGAUGGCAUGGCUCUCACGUGCGAGCAACAGCACUGGGAAUGGCGCUAUUAGCAGACUUGGACACAGGCUGCUGCGACCACCUACUAGAAGGUGACAGUCUUUUGGUGGCUCCGCGCCGGGAGAUUGUGGAAGUGUUGGCCAACGAUCCCAGAGUGGACCUGGAAGACGUCUUCUUCGAGCACUAUGAGGAAGGUGGUGAUGUUUGGCUCAGCGCGCUGACGUUCAUGCAAUGCAAGAGUUAUGGUGCCAUCGACAUGGCCAGUGCGAUGGUUUUGAUGAAAGCUGGCGCGCUGAUGUCUCCAGGAUGGGUGAAGCUCCUUGAGGAUUUAGAUCAAGGUCUUCAGAAGGACCUCAACGAAGAGCUGCAACAGCAGCUGAUUCAGGAGCAAGAGGAAGCUGGCAAUGUGAGGCAGUUGCAGAGGACAAACCUGCAGGGCUACACCUUGUUUGAAGACAACAGCCAUGUUCUGCGCAUGAACAAAUCGGAGAUUCUGAAGAGCCGAAUUGAAGGUGAGAAGGAGGUCAAAGAGUGGUAUGGCAUUGUGAAGAAAGGCUCCUUGGUCUUCACUUGGCCCAAGAGCUUCCCUCCCAACUACUGUCGCGCAGCCCACGCUCUGGACUCGGCUUUUAGGAAGUCACUUGGACGGGGAGUUGUUUGUUGCAUCUUGGAUUUUUUGCCCUUCUACGAGUUCAACCGCCGUAGAGUCCCACGAUCCACGUUCCAUAAGCAGGUGGACGUGUUCGGUCGACCUGUAGCCCCUUGCAUCUAUGACAUGAACCAGUUCCAGGGGAAGAUCCAAAAGAAGUUGCAGGAAGAAGAAGAAGAAUGCGAGAUCUUGGAGGGGGAAAGGGAUGAAGAAGCUGAAGCUGAAGAAGCUGGAGCGAAAAAAGAAGAGUUUCCCGAAAUCAACGAAACUUGUUGGGCUCAGGACACGUCUCUGCGACUUGACCCAGUUGAUCCCCCUGAUGAAUGUGAAGAGUGA